AUGGCAGAGUCCACCUCCCUCAUCCCCGACGAUAUCCUCCUCCUCGUCGCUGAGCACUUGGACGUGCCGGAACUCGGCGUAGCAAGCGCCGUCUGCCGCGAUUGGGCCAGCGUGCUCCGCUCCACGAUCAAGAACCGCAUCAAGCCCCUCAAGGACCCGCGCGACCUCAGUCUCGAGCUCGAGGCCACGCGAGCGCUCUCCCUCAGAGGCGAGGUCAGCUGGCGCGCAUUAGCGCUGGCACACGCGCUCGACGCCGAGAUGGACGCCGCGUGGGACAAGGGCCGGCCCACAGUCAGAUGGGUGCCCGUCCUCGGUGAGGUCUGCUCGGGCUGGUACAGCACCACGGUGGACCCGUACACGGGCGACACGGUGGCCAGCCCCAGCCCGAUGAACGGACCCGACUGCUGGUCCCGGCCGAUCAAGCCGUACACCCCGCCAGCGGGGUACGAAGGCUACUAUACCCCGCACGAGGAGGACCAGCACGACGAGGCCCACGGUGGUGACGAGCCGCCGCUCUGCUCGUUCACGGUCGACAGCAAGCUUCAAUACCACCACGUCGAUCCGCUGCCGCCGCACAUGGUCUAUGUCAAGCCAUUACGCGGUAUGGGGCCUAUCGCUUUCUGUAUCUACCGACCCCAAGCCGACAAGGGAGACCACGACGGAGGCGAGGCCGACGAGGACGGUGCCAGUGAGGCUGAAUCCAACGCGGACAACUCCAAUGAGGCGGAGGCGGGCGAGGAUGACGCCUACGAGAACGACGCCGACGCCCACGAGAACGAGAACGACAAUGACGCCGACGCCGACGAGGGCGAAAAAGACAUCGGCACCUGCGAGGUCAUCAUCUGGGUCUCAGCGCGCGACUGGUGCCGCUUCUCGGACGGCGAACCAUACGAGGACCCACAGUAUCACGGCCUGUGCCGACUCACUUCGUUUCAGGCGCCGGGGAACACUUCACUCAGCUCCGACGAGUUCGCCUUUCACCUCGACUACGACGCCGACGGUAUUAUCUGUCUCACGGCUGCAUGGUGCUUUGAUGAGAAGGUGUACCUCGAAGAGCUCUGCUACGCCAAGGGCCGUUCCCGGGAGGACCGCCAGCCGCGAGGCGACAACUGGGCGCUGGCUUCGGAGAAUGAGUAUCUGAGCAAUGCUGUUGUCCUCGACAAUGACUAUGUGUUUGUCGUUUUGCAGGCCGGCGAUGGAGUGGCUGUCUGGCAGCGUCACUCUAUCAGCAACGGGAAGGGUGUCGUCCUGAUACACACCGAUCAAAGGCGGUUCUUCGACAAAGAGAUGUGGUUUGACUUGAAUUCGGACGCACAGGCCAAGAGGGUCACAAUGGGGGAGUGGUCUUUGGACCCUCGCGCCCAGAGCGUGCCGGUGACUCCGGGACGGGCGCAGUCCCUGAUGCUGCAGAGGGUGCCGUGGGACGAGGAGCUUGCUGAGCAGAUGGACUGGAACUUCUACUACUACGUUGAAGCUGAAUCGUUGGCCAUCGCCGGCCGACACCUCUUCUGGAGGGGAUGGCAGAAUUUCGCAGUGAUCCCGCAGUACACUGAACUCUUGCGUGAGGUGUUCGCCGGAGAGCUCGACGACGACGACAGGGUGGGCCAGCUCGUGGCGUCGCGCGUGUAUCGGUUCCACUUUGAGAGGACGCCAGCGGGCGACGCCAUGGUCAGCGUCUUCGACCACCGGCUGGCCUGCUGCACGAGAUUCACCUCAAUGAUCAUUAACCUCGACGACCUACCGGCUGUCCGAUCCGGCUCUGAGCCGUCCCCCACUGCGUGCGCCGUCGAGAUCACUCAGGGCUUCUCGUCUCCUGGCUGGGACCAGCUGCUGUCAAUCACGCCAAGGGGUGUGCUCCAGAUGGUCAAACUCGAUGAGCUUAGUGUUCAGGACGAAUACACGCAGGCGACCAAGGACUUUGACCCUGCGCUCAAGUGCAGAGGGGGCGAGGAGGCUCGUCAGGAAAGUUUGCUCGGACUGCAGCUGUUGCUGGGGCGAGUGGGGCGGCUGUGGCGGGCGCGUGAGCCUUCACCGCUGGUCGGCAUGGAAUGGACCGAGGCGGCCAUCGUGCCACAACGGCAAGGCGGUAGAAGGGCAGCUUUCGCGUCGGCGAUCGCGUGA